CCAUUGCGCUCCGGUAUCUCUUGUUUACAUACUGCUAAAUUUCAUUUAGAGUUUCCAUAUUUUAUUUGAGAUCCAUAUAGAUUUUUCUUGUUCUCUCGCCGUGUAUGUGUGCGCGCGUGGAUGGCAAAGGAAGAAAGGGCGAUGGGUUAUUUUUGUAAUCAAAUGAAAUAUUAAAUAAGUAAGAUUGGCGAGAGAUUUGACGAUAAUCCAAAUGGAGCAUCGGAAGAGGCCAAAGUGCUAUAGUACAAUUUACAGCGUAGACGGGAGAGGAGAGAAUUUCGCCUGUGGUUUUCAUUAGAACUCGCGAGUGUUGCUGCUUUUCUACUACAUGUAAUAAAUGCUACUGAAGUCAAACGCAGUGUGCUAGUGGGGAUAGCCGCUCCGAUAAAGCAUCUGGCCGUGUGCUUCCACGUUUAUUUCUAAAUAUACUCUGUAUUGAGUUUUUUCCUGCUCUUGUACAAGACUGGUCAGUAGUGAUAGAAAAAGAUUUCCGUUCAAAGGGGAGAUUUUUUUCCUCUCUUGUGGAAAGCCACGCCUGAUGUGAGGGAAACUACUUUGACGGUCUUCUUUCAAAUCUAAACAUCAUUUAGACAUGGCUGCCAUGCUUAUUUGGGAGAAACGGCUACUUUUCGGGUCAACAGCCGCAACAUUGCUGGCUUUUUUGUUUCAAAUUAUAGCGGUUGGGACAACGAGUUGGAUACAUAUUCAGUUUCGUUCUGCGUUUGUUCGGAAUGCCUCAGGAAUGGAUGUGUAUAUUACAGGAUAUAGUGGGGGGUUGUGGCGAUCCUGUGAAGAGGGAUACACUGUAGACAGCAGUGGGAAAAAAGAUGAUUACGAGGGGUGCAAAUCACACAAGUUUUUCCCCGAAGAACACGAGCUGAAGAAAGAUAAGACUACUGAUAUACAGAUUGUAGACUACGUAAGGACGGGAUCUGCCUUUGCCAUAAUAUCUCUGUUGAUUAUGAUGCUGGGUCACAUCUUCGCUUUCUAUACGCUGAGAAGGCCACGCUACAUUGUCAAGCGUCUGACAUCACUGAUGCAUUUCAUGACAGCUGCUUGUGUAUUAGUUGAAAACGAGGUUUUCAUCAGAAAAAUAUCAUACACACAAGACAACCUUCCCGACCGCAUUCCUGCAAGCGCAGAAACAUCUCAUGGUUAUUCGUUCGUUAUGUCUUGGAUCUCUUUUGUGGCGUAUGUUAUAGCUGGUGCAGUGUUCCUGUUUACCUCGCACAAAAGAAAGGCAGACAUGGCGGAUGAAUUUGAUGAGUGUGUGGAAGAAGACGACCCUGUUGUCAUUAGGCGUUGACGUCAUCAUAGCAACAAAUACACGUCAUAUCCGUUUUAAUCGAACAGUUCUAUGUAAUUGACCGAUCGGAUGGUACCACACUAUACUUGUAAGAAAAGUAAUUUGAAGACAAUUCAAGCCUAUGUUAAACUUGUGAUAGAAAGCAUAAACUGACAGCUUGUAUUUUUCAAGAUAUCAGCUUACAGUGCAUUCCACGUGACAUCGGACAUCCGAAGGAAAUACCCGGCAAUCAGAAAAAAAUAACUCUAAAGAAGAAUGGCAAUUUGUUACUUUUGAUAAAUAAAUGUUGUCUGCGUAUUUUGUUAGCUUUCAUAACUUUAAUAUUUGCUCACUUCUUUAAUCGAAUUGUUCAUUGCACGGUGCAUAUAUAGUGAAAUAGUUACAGAGUUGAUACUCUUACUUUGAUUAUAACUUACAUUAAAUAUUGUUAAUGCACGGUAAAAACCUAAAAGAAUCGAUUGUGCUUUAUUUCAAACUUACAUUUAAGAUGUAGCAUAGCCAACUUGUAUUGAAAAUUUUGGGUUUUUUUUUUAUUAUCAAUCAGAAUUUUUACUGUUUUUCAACAGAGACAAAAGUAUGAGAUUAUACCAUGAUUUUUAUUUGGUUGCAGAGGCCUUGUUUAUAUCAUCGUUUGUUUAUAGUAGAAUGAAUAGUCAGUAAGCCAACUGGUUAGAAGGUUUUUUUUGUCUUUUUUUUUUUUUUUUUUUUUUUUUUUUUUUGCAAUUGUAAUAUAAAUUUUGUACACAACCCUUCUUCCAAAAUGUUCUAUUCCCAAAAAAUGUGUUCAAUUUUUACAUUUUUCAUAAUUAUUGUCUCUAUACCAUUUUGUUUAAUUUUAUCCAAUCAGUGUGAGUACACAAAUGUUAUUCUUUUUUUCAACCCGUAGGCCCAAACGCCUCUAAUGUAGAUUAAUGAAAGGGUUUUGUCGUCAAUGCGGAAUUUCAUGUAAAUAUAACAUGAUAUUAAUACAAGUAGACUUCGAUACUGCAGUAACGUGUAGGCCUAUAGUUCUUAUUUUACAUUAACUGAAAUAUAUAAAGAGAAAAAAAGAUAAAUGAAUUCCACGACAUUGUCAUUAUAAGUGUUUUUAGCUGUAUAUCAUAAAAAAGAAAAAAAUACGCAUUUUAACGAGACUAUGCAAGCAAGGGCAACAACUAGCAAAAUGUAUUCGGCUCUAAUUGAAGCUGUAUGAUAUACUAGAUGACUGUCAGGGUGCAUUGAAUCAUCACAUGAUUAUCAGAAUCUUCCCACUGCCUUUUAAACUUUGUAGACUAUAACAUUUGUAAAAAUAAAAAUCGUUUUAGAUUAUUAAAUGAUUUAAAUACCAAUCAGCCAGUUAAAAACUUGUACUUCCUGUUGAAAUCCGAACUGGUUUUAGCUCACCUGAGAUGAAAUCUGAAGUGAGCUUUUUUUAUCCAAGUUUGUCCGGCGCCUGUCUGUCCGUGAGUCUGUCUGUGAUUUUUUUUACAUUUUCGACUUUUUCUCAACCUACUGUGCCAGCUUCAAUUAAAUUGGCAUGAUUAGGUAAAGGGAAUUCAAGUUUAUUAAAACAAAGGGUCACACACUCGUCCAUGGGGAGAUAAUUAAAAACUAUGAAAAUUUUGUUGGUAUUUUUCUAGAAAUCUUUUUCUCAAAAACUGUUUGUCAAAAAAAGCUGAAACUAUUGAGGAAGCAUCCUCAAGUAGGGUGGAUAUCAUGAUCUCCAGGAGUAGGGUGGGAUCACAACAGGGGGUCAAAAUUUUACUGAAGAAUAUAUAAAGAAAUAUUUUUAAUAAUCUUCUUCUAGGAAACCGAUUGGUCAGAAAAGCUGAAACUUAAUAUUUGUAUAAGCAUCUUCAGUACGGUAGAUUUAAGUUUGUUCAAUAAUAAACAUAAGAAUAUCAAAGGGAAGAAUAAUUAAUUUUUUUAUACAGGACCUAUUUUGCUAUAUAGUUCAGUUAUUUUGUACAUGUUUAUGACUUCACAAUGCUAAGAUUUUACUAUGUCUAUUGUUGCUCAGGUGAGCGAUGUGGCCCGUGGACUUCUUGUGUUUUUUUUUCUACUGUAGUGUAUCUUUUUUUUUAAAACAACAGGGUAUUUUUUCAUACAUGUGUAUUAUAGAAUAUUCCAAUUUGUACAUACAUGUAGCUGAUAGAUUUUUUCACUUUUUAUACUUAGAUUGGUUAUUCUUAAUCGUGUUGUUGAAAAUAUGCGUACAUGCAUAACUGCAUGAAUAUCUCAGGCACCUGACGUCAUAUAAUUUUCUUAUAAUAAGAAUAUAGAUAAAGGGUAUUAUAAAUUUUAUUAUGAGAAAAAAUAUGUAACGCUAGGUGCCUGUGAUAAAUAUGUACUUGAUUUCACAUGAAGCUAAAACUAUAAAAUGAACAAUACUUAAAAUAAAUAAAACAUAUUUUCGCUCUGUCAUUGAAUGUCCAUAUGUAAUAGUUACAUGUACAUUUUGACUAUGGUUCACUUGACGAUAGAAAAUGAAUACAAUUUUUUUUUCUUUGAAAAGAAUCCCAAUUUUCUCAUUGUUAAGAUGCAUUUACCUUUACCUAUGUCUGGAUUGAAUAAACCGUCAAUGAAUCAAAUAAAGUGUUUUUACAUUGCACCAAAAAAACGGUG